AUGAAGAAAGUGGCAGUGAUUGAAUCUAUUAAUGGAAUAGAAUCGGAUCUCGAACUGCAGGUGAUAACGCCUGAUAACCAAGUGUAUGGCUCAACAGAAGAAUUGAAUUUAAUCGACAAAAAUGAUGGUUACGCUGUACCGAGACGCCAACUAUACUACAUAGCAUUUUGUCUUGACAUAGCUGCCUUUUUAGCUGCCUUGGAUGCUACCGUAGUCUCAACACUCCUUACUGUUAUAGCUUCGGACUUUGGUUCCCUUGGUCUGAUGUCGUGGUUAGCCACUUCCUAUUUACUUUCAUGUUCGGCGCUACAACCUAUAUAUGGAAAAUUGUCCGAUAUAUUUGGCAGGAAAAUAUUAUUGAUUGGCUGUUGUAUUUUCUUUGCCUUGGGCUGUGGCAUAUGCACUAUUAAUUCAAUAAAUGUGGUGAUUUUUGGUAGGUUCAUCACAGGGAUAGGAGGGUCAGGUUUAACAUGUUUGAGUACCAUUACAUUAUCUGAUCUUGUACCUCCUAGAGAUCGUGGUGUAUACCAAGGGUAUUUAAAUAUUUUCUUUGGAUUGGGUACAGCUACAGGCGGGAUGUUUGGGGGGGUUAUCAGUGAUUAUCUUGGCUGGAAGUACGCUUUUGGCUUACAAAUUCCAAUUGCCAUAUUUGUAGGUAUUGCAAUUUAUUUCAACCUCAAUUUACCAGAAGGGUCUCCCGGAUUGGGAGUUAGGGGCCAUAUAAGACAUAAAUUGAGCAAAAUCGAUUUCUUGGGGCUGUUUUUGUUAGUUUCUUCAUUAUUGAUAAUUUUGACAGUCGCUUCAUUGGCUGGCAAUACGUUGAAAUUGACCUCCAAGACUUUUGCCUUUUUGUGUAUUCUUGCUCUAGUACUAUUCUCAUGUUUUAUUCAUGUGGAAAAGAACACUUCCCAACCAAUAAUUCCUAUCGACCUUAUGAGAAUUAGAACCGUCUCGGCGUCGGCUUUGACCAAUUGGUUUUAUACUAUGGGAGUUUUCACUUACUUAUUCUAUGUUCCAGUCUAUUAUAAUUCAGUAAUGUCAUUCAGUGGUACCAAGAUAGGAACGAGAUUGAUACCCAAUUUUUUUGUAACUUCGAUAGGUUCAGUUGGGGCUGGUUAUUAUAUGAAACGUACAGGAGGCUACAGGAGGUUGGUGUAUUUUGCGGCGUUUUUAGCUAUUCUGGGGAUGUUGAACAUUCUCACUAUCACUCCAGAUAUAUCAAUUCCCAGACAGUUUUUGUUAAUUGUACCAGCAGGCUUUUCCUACUCCAUCAUUUUGACUACCACACUUUUAGCUUUGAUAUCGGCAGUACCAUCAAAAUUCCAAGCUGGCAUCACUUCCAUUCUGUACACAUUUAGAGCUACCGGGUCUACUUUAGGUGUAUCUAUGGCAUCAGCAAUCUUUCAUCAAGUUCUACAAUCUGCUUUGAAUAGAGAGAUUCCGAGUUUGGUUAAUGACAAAGCGUUAGCUAAAGAGGUCAUAGAGAAGGCUUUAGAAAGUACAGACUACGUAAAUGAAGCUCCUGAGUUCAUCAAAACUACUUUGAGAGAAUGUUAUGAUUGUGCAUGUAAGGGAGCAUUGUCGUAUGCAUUAGUAUGCAUUCUAUUGGGUGUUACUUCAUCACUAUUCAUGAAAGAGAACAGUUUAUCAAAAUCGAUCAAUAGACAAUAG